AUGAUCGCUUCCAUAAAAAAUCUUGAAGUUCAGAUAGGUCAGAUAACACAACAAAUAGCAAGUUCUCGAACACCAGGUUCCUUACCAAGUGAAAUAAUACAAAAUCCAAGAAAUCCUAAGAAUGUUAAUGUUGUCACGACAAGAAGUAAGAAGGAUGCUAAAUAUGAAAAAGUUAUACCACCCGAAAAUCCAACUGAAGAGAAAAAUAAAAAGGAGACUAAACCUGUGAUUAAGUUACCAUAUCAUAUGAGAGCAACAAAGAAGGAACCUAGAGAGACAGACUUUGAAAAAUUCAUGACAAUGUUCAAGAAGAUAGAGACUCAUAUACCUUUUCUUGAAGCACUCGAGCGAAUGCCGAUGUACAUAAAAUUCAUGGAAGAGAAGAAUCCUGGAGCAGUCACAGUCUCAUGCACUAUAAAAGAGAGAACUUUCAAAAAGGUACUCAUUGAUUCUGGAGCUAGUAUGAGUCUGAUGCCAUUAUCAAUCUACCACAGGUUAGGUAUUGAAAAUGUUAGUGAUACAAGGACAAAUCUGAAGUUUGCAGAUCACUCGAUAAAGAAUACAUAUGGGAUAGCAGAAGGCGUGCUGCUAACAAUAGGGGAAUUGAAUUUUCCUAUUGAUUUUGUGAUUAUAGACAUACCUGAAGAUGAAGAGACACCUAUCAUUAUUGGUCGACCAUUCAUGCGGACAAGUUGA